ACAAUUUAUUCACACAAUCACACGUUACGAGUCUUAUCCACUUCCCUCCUUAAAACCGAAAAUAUCUCACUUUUUUUUUAUUGGAUAAAUACUCUGUAUUUCACAUAAUUUAAAGUAAAUUCCCCAAAAUUUCUAAUUUCAUUAAUCUCUCAAUCCCAUCACCCCUUAAAAACAAAGCAAAAACAAAUUUAAUGGGCGGCGGUGGAGCGAUGAGGGCUGCGGCGAAGGUGGCCGGAAUUGGAGCUUUUUCUGGCGGAUUUCGCGCCAGUGGAUUGGCCGAAAAUCCGGUUAACUUAGCGGCUAGGAAUGCGGUCCGACCGGUUUCUUCAGGGUUGUCGUCGACCAGCAGUUUGACUGUUGAAGAUACGGUUCAGAGGCCGGCAUGGGAAAUUGAUGAUUGGGAAUUUGCUGGUAGUGAAGAUGAAUUUGUUGUGGACCGGAAUGUUUCGGGUAACCCGCGAUUAGUUUUUGGACCGGUUCCGACAAUUGAAGAGGCUAAAGAGGCUACUUUUGAACUCAAAGACGCUCUUGAUCAGAUAUAUCUCUCUUCGCCAAAAUCUGCUGAAAGUGUGGAGUCUUUCCCAGUUGUUCAGGAGACAAAAGCUUGCAUCACUCAGGAGCCACAUAUGCGAAAAAAUUUAAUGCAAACAUUUAAGCUGUUCAACGAAAACCCUGCUGUCCAGACUGUAGUUACUUCAAUUGCUUGUGAUCCUAACGUGUGGAGUGCUGUGAUGCAAAACCGAGUUCUCAUGGAAUUCCUCGAGUCAGAGAAAAAAUCUACUGUACUUGAUUGUCCCGGGUUUGAGGGUCAAGAGUCUUCAAAGAGUGCAGCAGAUUGUUCGGAUUCUAAUGAUUCCAAAAGGCCUGAUGGUUUGAUGGAUUGGCUAGAAAAUAUGAAACUUAAUGUAGUCGAUAUGGUUCAAAGCUUGACUGAUAUGGUCCAAAGCUGGUUUGCCGUUCCAGAGGGGAACAAAAAGGCUGAAUUUGGUAAUGAUAAUUCCAGGAGUUAUGUGGCUGGUGGUUCAUUUAUGGCGCUUGCCAUGAUGGUGAUCAUGGUGGUGGUGAUGAAGCGAGCUUAGAAUCUGAAACCCUCGGUUGUCUAAUUCGUCGAUGCUUCAGUAUCUCUGUGUUUUCUGGUUUGAUGACUAAUAACAGGGUCAGUUUUCUCAUCUGAGUGCUAUUGUGGUAAACGGAAGUACAUUUGUCGUUUUGGUAUGGCUUUAUGAGGAAUGUUUGCCAAAAAGCAUCAUUGUACAGCAAAGUUUAUGAAGAAUAAUGGAAGAGACUCAAAAUUGUUGUCAAGAA